GGGUUGUCACACUCAGUGGCUCGGCCUUCACAGCUGCUCUGAAGCUCCUGUGCUACCUCAGCCCACACCAUGACCUCCUGCUACAUCAGCUCAUCCCGCUGUCUGGGCAGCACUCAGAUGCCCGAAGCUGCAAAUGUCUGCGGUUCCUGCAUUGACGUUGGGGGCCAGCCUGGGGCAGAGGCCAAGGCUGCCUCCCUGUGCCUCUCCGCCACCCUGGCACAUGCCAACAGGAUGCCUGUGGGGACAACUCCUCUGGGCCGACCCAGCCUCUGUGUGCCCUAUAGCUGCCAAACCGCUUGCCCCUUGCCAGGGACCCGUGACAUUCCCGGCAACAUCGGAGUGUGUGAGAACUAUGGGGAAGGUGCCCCGAACGGCCACGAGAAGGUGACCAUGCAGUUCCUGAACGACCGCCUGGCCAACUACCUGGAGAAGGUGCGUCAGCUGGAGAGGGAGAACGCGGAGCUGGAGACCAAGAUCCGAGAGUCGAGCAAAUGCCACGAGUCCAGCGUGUGUCCAGACUACCAGUCGUACUUCCGGACCAUCGAGGAGCUCCAGCAGAAGAUCCUGUGCAGCAAGGCUGAGAAUACCAGGCUGGUAACUCAAAUUGACAAUGCUAAGCUGGCUGCCGAUGACUUUAGAAUCAAGCACGAGAGUGAGCUGUCCCUACGCCAGGUGGUGGAGGCGGACAUGUGUGGGAUGCACAAGCUCCUGGAUGACCUGAGCCUGGCCAAGGCCGACCUGGAGGCCCAGCAGGAGUCCCUGAAGGAGGAGAUGCUCUGCCUCAAGAGCAACCACGAGCAGGAAGUCCACAUCCUGAGGGGCCAGCUGGGGGACAAGCUCCAGAUUAAGCUGGACGCGGAGCCCACCGUGGACCUGAGCAGGGUGCUGGACGAGAUGCGGUGCCACUACGAGGCCAUGAUGCAGACCGGCCGCAAUGACGUGGAGCAGUGGUUCCAAGAUCAGUCCGAGAGCAUCAGCAAGCAGGACAUGUCCUGCUCCAAGGAGCUGCAGUGCUGCCAGUCGGAGAUCCUGGAGCUGAGGCGCACAGUGAACGCCCUGGAGGUGGAGCUUCAGGCCCAGCACAGCCUGAAGGACUGUCUGCAGAACUCCCUGUGUGAGUCGGAUGCACGCUUCGGCACCGAGCUGGCCCAGAUGCAGAUCCUGAUCCGCGACGUGGAGGAGCAGCUGUCUGAGAUCCGGGCUGACCUGGAGCGACAGAACCAGGAGUACCAGGUGCUGCUGGACGUCAAGGCCCGGCUGGAGAGCGAGAUUGCCACGUACCGGAAACUUCUGGAGAGCGAGGAUUGCAAACUCCCCAUCAAUCCCUGCUCUACGGCUGCUGCCUGUGUCCUUCAUCCAAGCUGUGUCCCAGCCACCUGCCCUCUCUAAGCAAGUGGCCUCGGUGCUGAGAAGUGAUUCUGAAGGUCUGAGUGCUGGUGCAGGAGGUCAAGGCUGGUUGUACCCAGGCUAGGAUUGCCUUCACCUGCUCAUUAGCCUUCCUUCCAGGAAGACUGAACUCACUGGAGGCAUGUUCACUGAAUCAGAGCAUAACAGAAACUUCUAAGCCAUGGCUCCCUGUGUGUCCCCACACCGCAUCCGCCCCUCCCCUCCCCAUCCAAUGCUAUCAUUGUCUUUCACUUAAGCUAUCAUUUGAUCCCAGUACCUCUUCUGGGAUUUGCCUUCUAGUCCCAUGCUUCAGAGUCUCCUAAGAUGUAAUUGGGUUCCUGUAUGAAACGGUCAAUAAAUCUCCUUCCUGUAUUAAGUGCUA